GAGCCAAAGAUGGCCGCCGCCACGAACCACAUGGGCAUUGCCCUCCUCGUCGCUCUUGCGGCGGCGCUCUCGUCUCACUGCACCGCCUCCUCCUUGCCUCACUAUGCCUUCCCGCCAGUCGAGGCACCAUCUGAGGCUCCGGCUCCCUACGCCGAGGCGCCAUUGAUGGAGCAGCAUGGAGCUGGGCACGGGAAGCAUCACCACCGUGAGCUGUCGCCGGCUGAACCGCCGUCCUACAACACGACGGAGCAGAAGCACCACGGCCACCACCACCGCCGCCGCCGCCACCAUGAGCACCAUGAGGCCCCACCGGCGCAGCCCCCGUCUCACCACCACACGCCGCCGCCGCCACCCCCAACUCAUCACAACACUCCGCCGCCGGCUCACCCGUCGCCACCGCCCCCAGCUCACUACUCUCCGCCACCCCAUCCGUCGCCGCCACCUGCUCACACCUCGCCGCCGCCCCCGGCUCACCACCUGCCGCCCCCGCCGCCGUCCCGCUACCCGCCGCAUACUCCGCCUCCACCACAAAAGUAUCCACCGCCAGCUCCCCAUGGCAAAGCAGCACCGCCGCCACGUGGCCACAGGAAGUUCCCGCCGCCGUCUCCGCACUCGGUGAGUUUGGCAAUGGCGCCCUCGCCAUCUUAUUUCAGUGCUGAUCCACCAUCUAAUUAAGAGGUGGCUGAUCGGCAGCACCUCUGCUCGGUGAGGCAUAAGCUAGAAUGGAGCAUACCUUUGAUGGAAGGGACCAGAGUAGCUAAGUAAACUCGAGGUUAAAACUUAUAGGCAAAUAAUCAGUAUGCCCAGGAGCAACUUUCCAAGGGCGUCCGUGCUUGCAACAUUUUUAUCUUCCAUACUUUCAAAGAGAUACAGAUUGAAGUAUGUAGUUCUUUUGAAAUCAUGAAAUUGCUGUAAUGUCGUUUCCUUGUUUUUACCAGUCCAAAUAUGAAAUGCAUGUUCUAUGCACUGUGCUGGAA